AUGUCAGCUUCUGCACCGUUGCCCUUAGCCAGCUCCCCAGAGAAGACAAAUGGAUCCAAGUUGAGCAGACUUCUCAUCGAUGGUGGAACAACAGUGUUGAGGAUCAUCUUUGAUGGCUAUCACCCACCGGCAAGGCUGUCUGCUGGACUUAACGCCCAAUCUUUUACCCUGAAUUCUCUCCUUGGGAAAAAGGUUCUGCGUGCAGCUCAGUGGGACAAACUAUUCCCACCUGACGGAGCAGCACCAGACUCUCAGACGUUUGAUAUCACUCUCCUAUUUCUCCUUCUCGCCAACAUUUGCGGACUAUCUCCUCCUCGCUCAGGGUGGCAUUCAAAGCCAUCUCCGGGUGACAACUCUCUUGAAGCAAAUCUUGCCCGUGUGAAGUUCUUCCGCAAUGAGUUGUAUGGCCACGUCACUAGCACUGGCAUUGACACGCCCACUUUCUCCUCACUAUGGAAAGAAAUUAGUGCUGCUCUGGUUGCUCUUGGGUUGGAUCAAAAGAAAAUCGAUAAACUGAAAGAAGAAAAGUGUGGCGCAGAAGAUUAUCUUGACGUUUUGAUUAAAUGGGUUCAAAGUGAAGAAGAAAUCAAAUCUUAUUUGACGAAACUGCGUCGAUCUCAGAGCACAACACAGCGUAGUAUUGAAGAGGUACGUCAAACCCAACUAGAAGAUCACAAAACGCAUCAAGAUAGCAGGUCCCUGAUAGGAGAAGUGCAUCGAUCUCAGAGCACAACACAGCAUCGUAUUGAAGAGGUACGUCAAACCCAACUAGAAGAUCACGAAAAGCUUCAGGAAAGCAUGUCAGUGCUAGGAAAAGUGCAUCAGAAAAUACAAAGCACCAUUCAGGGCGCUGCUAGAAGCCAAGACGAGCGUUUAGAAAGUUUGCAAACAGAUGUACAGGAAAUGAAGGUAGCCGUUGGAGAACUUAGCAAAGGAAGAAACUCAGGCAGCCAAGGAGAUGAGGUCCUGAGGAACCUCGUUAAGUCUGAAUUCAAAGGAGAAAUCGAGUUUCACGUCCAACGUUUUCAAGAAGACACCCGUGAGUGGGUGUUUAGCAAAGUCGAAAACUGGUUAGACGACAGAAACUCUCAAAACCGGGUGAUGGUUAUAUGUGGAAACGCAGGAAUGGGGAAAUCUGUCAUUUCCGCCGUUGUUUGCAAGAAAAUGCAAGUGGCUGGCCGUCUAUGCGGAAGUCACUUCAUUCAACAUAACAACGUCCGUUACCGGAAGCCUCAGUUAAUGCUUCAAUCCUUGGCUUGUCAUAUGUGCCAUGCCCUGCCAGAGUUUAAGCUAGCUCUUGUAGAAAAUUUGACAAGAAAUACGGGUAAGGAUCUCAACGAUAUGGGGGUUGAGGAGUUAUUCGCCUUUCUCUUUAAAGAGCCUCUCAGCAGCGUAGAGGACCCUGGAAGGAACAUGCUAAUAGUUAUAGACGGCCUGGAUGAAAGUGAAUAUCACGAUCGGAAUGAGUUACUUGAGGUCAUUGCCGAUCACUUUUGCAAGCUUCCAAUGUGGAUUCAUGGGCUCAUGUUGUAUGCUCAUGUUGUAUGCUAACUUUCUUCUUUUAUACAUCGAAGAGAAUCCAUCAGUUCUUAAACAAGGAGACGAAAAGGGCAACUUACCGUUAGGAAUUUCUUCAGUAUACCAUCGCUAUUUCAAAAGGUUGGAGAGUGAGCUCAUCACUGAGCUCGGCAUCAAGGAAGAUUCUUUUUUGAAUUUCCUUUCUGCUCUUGCCGCAUCGAUAGAACCCUUGCCUAUCGACUUUGCUUCUCGGCUGUUGCUUUCAAGUACUACCGCAAAAGUUAGUAAACGGAAACUUUUGAAAGCUAUAAACAGUGUUUCCUCACUUCUUCCCGUUCGAGGUGACCGUCUUUACAUUUUUCACAAGUCCAUUAAAGAUUGGUUAACAGAUGAAUGUUGUUACGGGGUGCACGACUUCAUCGUCGACGAGAGAGAAGGCCAUCGUAUACUUUCAGAACUUUGUGCUGCUGAAUUUGACAUUCUGGUGCAAAAACGAGUAGCGAAAUCUGUGAGUGACGCGCAGUUUAAUGACAAGACAAGGUAUGCCCUACAACAUGGUGUUCGACACAUGUUAGAGGUCGACGAGGAUACAAGAAGAGACGGCAUUGAGGACGUUGUGAGGAAGUAUGUGAUAAACCAAGAGCUUGUCUAUGCAAAGCUGUGUGUGAAUAAUACAGUGGCGACGGAAGAUAUUGUUUGUGUUCUAAACGAAGAGAGCUUCAACUCGUUGAGUGGAGAAACGAAAGGUUCCCUGGAGGAUUUGCUGUUCAUUCUGCGAAAGAACAGUUGGUCGCUGAUGGAGCAUCCGCAUGUUAUCUUGCAGACUAUGGUGAACGGGAGAAAAUCAGUGCUAUCUUCAGAAGCUAAGAACCUCUUGAGUGAGAAAUAUUAUGAAAUAUCGUAUAUGGAGCUGGUCAACAAGAAUCAACAACACUCAGUUGUGGAAGCUAAAUUUUUCUGUUCAUCGUAUGUGCUUUGUUUCGAUAUUUCACCAGACCAGGAUUAUAUGGUGUGUGAAUGUGCUAAUCAAGAGAUUCAGCUGUGGUCGCUGAAGACAAGUAAAAGACAUUGGAGAAAUCGUGUCUCAGAGAAGAAAAAUUGCUUCAAACCUCUUGAUUAUGAAGAACCUUACAGCAAUUUUGUUGAAUUUGAUUAUGAAGCAGAAACACUUUCCAUGACGGUUUCAUUUUAUCGAUCUGUUGCCUUUCAUCCAGAUGGAAAACAUAUAUUUCCUGGAAACCUAUCCACAGUUUAUACCAUUGAUGGGAAACAGAAAGAGCUUUUCAGCACGAGUAAUUGUAGAUUUUCUGUGUGUACAUUAUUAGGGGACAACACUGCGAUGCUUACAGACUGUCCAAACAAUUCCAAAUGCUUAGUCAUUUGGAGUCUAGAUACUGGGAAAGAAAUGUCUCGUAUCACCAGAAAUGAAGACAUUGUCUGUUUUCAGUGCUCUCCGGAUAAAAAUCUUCUGGCUGUCUCCCACUCCACAGGCUUAUUAUGUCUGUUUGAUGUACAGAAUAGACUAACUGAGUUAGGAUCCAUAUCCACAACUUCACCUUGGGGAUUUUUGACUUUCUCCGUGGAGAGUGAUGCUCUUGUUGGCCUGUGCAGAGACCCAUUUGGUCAGAUCCGUUUUCGCUGCAGAACUACUGAUAAUGAAAUUUCCAAAAAAGUCUUAAGUGACUUAAGUGAAGAAGAAAUUAGAUUCGUGCGGUUUCACCCCGACAUAUUCGAGCGACCAUUCCUCGUCGGAGAUGCCACAGGAAGUUUGACGUCGGCCUUGUCGAGAGUUAUUCCUUUCGGGGAAACCGGAUUGCUAAUGAGGUUAACAAGCGAACGUGCAUUAUUAAGCAGCCCAACUCUUCCACACGUGAGUUUGAUAAAUCUCGCUGAAAUUCAAAAAGCCGAAAUAAGGUCAGACACGCACGUUGGGAAUGUUGCUUUCUCUACUGAUGGUGAGAAUGUGUAUGUAGUGAGUCAGUGUCCGCCAACAGUGACUGUAAGGGAAUAUUCAAGUUGCAAUCCAAAAGCAGAAAAAAACUACGAGACUUUCCCUUCAAUUUUACCUGUGAAAGAUGGUGUUAUUGUUUUGGACGAUACAGUUGAGUUUUGGAACGUUGAAUUGACGGAGUGUAAACGUCGGUGGGACAAGUUACAAGGGAUUAAGUUGCUACCUAUAUCAGAAGAACAAGUAGUUUGUUUGACCAAAGAUUACACCGUUGUUGUCCUAUCUAUCUCAGAUGGUCGUUCCAAGAUCAUUGGAAAUGUAAAAGGGAGGAAAAUCCUUGCGAUGAACAAAAAAUUCCAAAUGAUAACUUAUCAACGU